AUGGAGCGUGAUCGCAUCGCCGCCGCUUCAGCCAAAGCGAAAAUCUACUACGACGCACACGCUCAUGCUUUGGCACCGCUCAAAAUCGGAACUGAAGUCCGCAUUCAAGAUGAGAAAACCAAGUUAUGGGAAAAAGUCGGCGUCAUCGUAGCCAUCGGGAAAUUCCGCUCCUAUCGCGUAAAAUUUGCAAGCGGGAGCGUCCUGUGGCGAAACCGGCGCUUCCUACGUCCGAUCCGAGCCGCAGUUGCCCCAGAUCCUGAAGGAAGCCCGAACACGCCACCUCGCGAUGAGGAAGCAAACGGAACCGCUCCACAUCCAGCAACCAAUCGCUCAUCAUCUGAUUCCCCCCCGCGACGUAGCCAUCGUGAACGCCGAGCCCCCAAUCGCCUCGAUCUAUAA